CAGAUGUGCUGGGUUUAUCAGUGCCUGUCUUAUUGAUGCUGGUGGCUCUGGCUGAGUGUCCGCUGCCUGUGGGCAUGUUUGAAACUGAAAUUUCCCACGUGUGUCUUUGGAAUCCACCAGACUGUGAUAUUAGAACCCCGCUGCAGCCCACAGAGGCCAUGGAGAAGAGGUUGGAAGCCAAGUUCAGCAUUAGUGCCCGAUUUCUGUCACGGUACUGCCCGGGAACACCUGGGAGGGAGCUGAGGAGUCUGCGGCUGUUCUACCUGUGCACUUGCCUGUGUGCCUUGUGCUCCUCAGCAGAUGCAGACUGGAACAGAUCUAAGUGCGAGCCGGGGAGGAUCCUGUUUGGAGGCCGUUUGAGAUGGUGGGAAGAUCAGCAUUUGCAGCUUCUGGAAGGAUUUCACACCGUGCGCUCCUGUCAGAGCGCCUGCUGCCAGAGCCCCACCUGUGAUGCAUUUUGGCUCUUGGAAAAUAUGUGCAUCCAGGUGAAGUGCACUACACCUGGCAUGUGUCAGGCAAACAGGACUGGCUUUCCAGGCUCAGUUUUGGUGUUUUUAAAGAAAUCACAAAGCACAGAGCACUUAGCGUUUCAAACGGAAGGUGAUGUGAAGGCCUGGUUGGACUGGGACAUCCCUCUCCAGGGGAAAAAAAGACUGCGGAGGUCAUUCCAGCAGCAGAGCUCGGCAGGUAACAGGGUAGAACUCCUGCAAAGGGAGACAGCAGCCAGCCCCAGCAGCCAGGCUGCAGCUGGAGCAUCGGAUAGAAAAUCCAGAAGCAGCCGAAGUGAAGCAGAGCGCUUGAAGGAUCGAGUGCUGAGGCGCUUGGUGGCCGACAGGCCAGUUCCUGAAGGCCACCCAAGUCCAAAGGAAGACUCGCUGACAAAUGGACAGGAUCCAAGAGAGCAGAAAACCAAAAGCCCGUUCCCUCCUGAAAGCAAUAAUGUGACUAGAUGGAGUGAUGCAGACGCUGUUGUCUCGCCACAGAUCCACACAGGAACAUCUGCACCUGCACCUUCAGUCUUGGCUACGUUCUCCAGCGCUUCGGCACAGGGCUUGGCCGCCACGGGGAAGACGGAGAAGCCUGGGCAGACGGAUGAUGCUUCACUCCAUCCUCACUCCUCAGAUGUGUUGCCCACAGGCAGCCCCGUGCCAGGGAAAAGCACAACGAAGACACCAACAGCUACUUCUGUGCCAAGUGGAGUUCCCACAAAUGACAGUGUUCCUACAGUCCAGACCAACACUGCUGAGUCCCCAGGUACCACUGCCACCACGCCAGUUAUGAAGGAGCUGGUGGUUUCUGCUGGAGACAGCGUGGAAGUGACCCUGCCAAAGAAUGAAGUUCAGCUGAAUGCGUUUGUGCUUCCUGAACCACCUCCUCGAACCACUUACUCCUAUGAGUGGGAAUUGAUUACUCAUCCAAAAGACUACAGUGGAGAAAUGGAAGGGAAGCACUCCCAGACCCUUAAGUUAUCUAAGCUUACUGUUGGUCUGUACGAAUUCAAAGUCGUCGUUGACGGGGAGAACGCACACGGAGAGGGUUACGUGAAUGUUACUGUGAAUCCAAAGCCUCGAGUGAACCAGCCCCCUGUUGCCAUCGUGUCCCCACAGUUCCAGGAGAUUUCACUGCCAACCAUCUCGACGGUUAUCGAUGGCAGCCAAAGCACUGAUGAUGAUAAAAUUGUCAGCUAUCACUGGGAAGAGCUGAAGGGCCCUUUGCGGGAGGAAAAGGUUUCCAGUGAUACUGCCAUAUUGACACUGACCAACCUGGUACCUGGGAAUUACACCUUCAGUCUGACAGUGGUGGACUCGGAUGGUGCCAGCAACUCCACCACUGCAAACCUGACUGUGAACAAAGCAGUGGAUUAUCCUCCCGUGGCAAACGCGGGCCCGAACCAGGUGAUCACCCUGCCCCAGAACUCCAUCACCCUCUACGGCAACCAGAGCACCGACGAUCACAGCAUCGUCAGCUACGAGUGGCUCCUCAGCCCCAACAGCAAAGGGAAGGUGAUGGAGAUGCAGGGGGUGAGGACACCGGUCCUACAGCUCUCUGCCAUGCAAGAAGGUGAUUACACGUACCAGCUGAUAGUGACAGACUCUGCUGGGCACCAGUCCACCGCCGAGGUCACCGUGAUAGUCCAGCCGGAGAACAAUAAACCCCCAAAAGCAGAUGCUGGGCCAGAUAAAGAAUUAACUCUUCCUGUGGACAGCACCACUCUAGAUGGCAGCAAGAGCUCAGAUGACCAGAAGAUAGUCUCCUUCCUCUGGGAGAAAACACGGGGCCCAGAUGGUGUCAAGCUGGAGAAUGCCAACAGCAGCAUUGCCACUGUAACAGGCCUUCAGGUUGGGACAUAUGAGUUCACUCUGACAGUUAAAGAUGAGAGGAACUUGCAGAGCCAGAGCUCCGUCAACGUCAUCGUCAAAGAAGAGAUAAACAAGCCACCAAUUGCAAAGAUUGCUGGUAACGUUGUCAUCACCUUGCCCACAAACACAGCCGAGCUGGAUGGAUCCAAGUCCUCUGAUGAUAAGGGAAUUGUCAGCUACUUGUGGACCCGGGAUGAGGGGAGCCCUGCAGCUGGGGAAGUCUUAAAUAAUUCAGAUCAUCAUCCUGUCCUUCUCCUGUCCAACCUGGUAGAAGGGACCUACACGUUCCACCUCAGAGUAACAGAUGCCAAAGGAGAGAGCGAUGUGGAAAGGAGCACGGUGGAAGUCAAGCCUGAUCCUAGGAAAAAUAACCUUGUGGAGAUGAUUCUGGACGUUAACGUCAGCCAGCUGACCGAGAGGCAGAAGGGGAUGUUCAUCCGACAAAUAGGUGUCCUGCUGGGGGUCCUCGACUCGGACAUCACCGUGCAGAAGAUCCAGCCCUACACUGAACAAAGCACGAAGAUGGUGUUUUUUGUACAGAACCAGCCUCCCCAUCAGAUAUUCAAAGGACGAGAGGUAGCCUGGACGCUAAAAAAUGAGCUACGGAAACAGCAGUCGGAUUUCCUCAUCUUCCGGGCCCUAGAAAUCAACACAGUCACGUGUCAGCUGAACUGCUCGGAGCACGGGCGCUGUGACUCCUUCACCAAGCGCUGCGUCUGUGACCCCUUCUGGAUGGAGAACUUCAUCAGGGUGCAGAUGGGGGACGGCGAAAGCAACUGUGAGUGGAGUGUGCUGUACGUCAUCAUUGCGUCUUUCGUCAUCGUGGUUGCCUUUGGGAUCUUCUCCUGGAUGGUGAUCUGCUGUUGCAAGAGACGAAAAGGAAAAUCCAAAAGAAAAAGCAAAUACAAGAUUUUGGAUGCAACAGAUCAAGAAAGCCUGGAGUUGAAGCCAAAUUCAAAAGCGGGUGGCAGACAGAAAGCCCAGGUCCUCAACACUAGCCUGAUGCACUCCGAGUCUGAGCUGGACAGCGAUGAAGCCAUCUUCACCUGGCCUGACCGGGAGAAAGGGAAGCUGCUCCGUAGCCAGAACGGCUCCUUGCGCAACGGACAAGUGAUGCUCAAAGCCAAGACCCAGAGGGAGGAAAUCCUAUAGCUCCCCUCGGGAGGCCUUUGGCUGGAGCUCAGUGGGAAAGGCCGUCCCCGUCCCCAUCCUACAAGGGCCUUGGGAGGCCAGUUUGAUUGGGAGCAACGCUGCUAACUCGUUUCACAGAAAAUAACUUUGUUGGGUUUCUUUUCGUUCAGUUAAAACUGGUUGUACUUGAAUUUGAACUUGAAGGGAAAUCAAAGGGAGGAGGAGGCGACUGUGAACCCCAGGCAGAGCGUCAAGGAAGGGCAGAGCUGGCAUCUGGAGAGCAGCAGGACAGGACAGAACCACUUGGAGCAGCUGUGAACGUGCAGGACCCUCCUCACCCACCUCAGGCUGCAGGGAGGAAUCGCCCACAGACUCCCAGCUCACCUGCCUUGGGAGCUCCUUGGAGGAGGAAGGUCAAGGCCGUGCUUUGAGCCAUGCUCUGAGCUCCCUUCAGGCUCCAGUAGCCACCACGGGCUACUUGUGCUGUCAAACAGUUUUCCUCUCUUUCCCUCCCACCUUCCCUAAUGGUUUAAGCACUAUUUUAAUUUAGAGUUGUCCUUCCUUUCACAUACACUGGGAGUGUAGAGGAGGGGGAAUCUCAACACUGUGGUCACCCUCCGUCAGCUUGCGGGUAGGAGAGGGUUUAGUAGCUGUUCUAAACUACUGUCAGGCUUUUCUGGCUGGGAGUGUUGGUGAGAUGGUGCCUGUUUGGCUGUGGAAAGCUGCCCUGUCUGUGGUGAUGGGCUCUCCCCCUGGGUACCAGGGCUGGGAGGGGGCUCCCACCUUCACUCCCUGAUGACUGGCUUAACUCCAAAGCUGUGAGAUGUUCAGUGGCCCCAGCACCUUCUGUUGGUUGCCAAGCCGUCCAUGAGCCUGGACAUUAACCAUAUCUCAGUUAUGAAACACCAUAUACUAUGGGGUUUGGGUUUGGUUUGGGUUUGGUUUUUUGUUGGUUUUUUUUUUUUUCCUUAAAAUUUGCACAAGCCAGGCAAAGAGGGGUUGACACCUCUGGUUCCCAGCAGCAGGCUGCUCCCUCUGGCUGGAGCUUGGUGUCCUUCACUCGUGGAAAAGGGAACUCUUGGGACCUGAGGGCAUCAUGUGGUGAGUGCCAGCAGGCAGUGGUGAGUGCCAGCAGCCCGUGGCCGUGUGGCUCUGGGUGACAGGCGUGUGGUGGCCCCUUAUACCCAUCCUUUGUCUCACUGUGCUGCUUUCAUGAGUUGCACCCCUGUCCUCGGGCAGACACCGGCCUCUUGCUGGCAUGAAGGAUGCUGCUGCUCCUCUGUGGAUGGGUGGGCAGUUUAUUGCCUUUCUUUGUGUUUAAUUUAAAAACUGGAAACUCGUUUCAUUGGCUCUUUCUUCUUUUUUUUUUUUUUUUUUUUUUGUUUUUUGACUU